CAGGAAGUAGGCGGUCUCGGUGUAGAUCAGCUGUGGCGGCGCGGGGCUGAACUGUAUCCGCUGUUUGAGGAUCUGAAUAAUCUCAUCUAUUAAAGAGAAAUGGCUGAAGUGGAGGAGACGUUGAAGAGGAUCCAGAGUCAGAAGGGAGUUCAGGGAAUCAUCAUCGUUAAUGCAGAGGGAAUCCCGAUUAAGUCGACUCUGGAUAACUCCAGUACGGUUCAGUACGCUGGGUUGCUGCAUCAGCUGAUGAUGAAAGCUCGGAGUACAGUGAGGGACCUGGACCCUCAGAACGACCUGACCUUCCUCAGAGUUCGAUCCAAGAAGAACGAGAUCAUGAUCGCUCCAGAUAAGGACUAUUUCCUGAUCGUCAUUCAGAAUCCCACAGAGUAAAACUGCCACAAUUUUCAGUCCAGCUUUUUUAUUUAAAGGCCAAUUUUGUAUUAUUUCUGCAGAAAAUAAUGAAGUUUGUUUAUUUAGUUAUUAUAUGAGUUUAUAAAAUAAUGUCCCUCAGUGAGACACUAACGGUCACUAUGAGCUCCAUCAGUAAUUUAUAACGGUAAUGGAGGAAAAGUGCAUGAUGCUGUUUUAUCUUUCUUUUAUCAUUCCAGUGUUUCCUCAUGUUUAUGUUCAUCAUUUAUUACUCCUUUAUUUAGUUCUGAUGCCACAAUUCAGACAGUAGAUCACAGAAAAGCAGAUCACUGUUAGCUCUGUCUCUCAUUAACACAAAUAAAACAACAAAAUAAAA